GAGUACCAUGUUGGCAAAACGUUGGUUCGGCCGAAAACCAAUGAACCACGUUGGAACGAAGAAUUCGUCGCGGACGACGUGCACUCUGGUCGAGCUAUCGGUUUCACCGUCUUUCAUAACUGUGUGAUGCCACCAGAUGAUUUCGUGGCGAACACUAGGAUACCAUUCGACGAUCUCAAAAUAGGCAGCACUAAUGAUAUCUGGGUGGACCUUGAACCGCACGGGCAACUACACGUGGUAAUUGAACUUCACGGCUCAUCAGUUGAAGGUAAGCCUCCUUCUCUGUUUCUUUUUUUCUCGAGUUUCAACUGUCGACUGUUCAAAAAAACCCUCAGGUUUCUCGGGCGAAUGUUGCGAAACUAUGGACGGGGCUCAGCGCGUGUGGAAAGUAUGCGCUUUGUGACUUGA